GAGGCCGACGGCUCAUGGUGUGGCGACCUUUUUCCCGUGAGCCUCUGCUUCCAGCCCGCCGGAGCGCGCCUCCUUUCCCAGCAGCCCUCGCGCGCCAGGCACUGCGGACACCUAGGACUCCAACAUGGCGUCGGGCGUGCCUCUGAAGGACAAGCGACUCCUGGAUGUCAAACUUGGGGAGCUGACGAGCUGGAUAAUGAUGCGGGACUUCACCCCGAGAGGCAUUGGUGGAGCCUUUCAGAGAGGCCCAUAGGGAAGGUGGACGCCAGAGAUGGACCUUGUGAGACUUGCCCGCCUCUUCUCUGCCCCCCGCACCAAAGAACUGCUGGCUGUGUGGCAGCUCCACCCCAUCAGAGCACGAUGGAGGGGAGGGGAAGGGCCUGCAGGGCUGCGCCAGCCAGUGCCCACUGCCUGCAGCAGCACCCUCUCUCAGCUGCCUGUGGCCCCGGAGAACAAGAGGAAUACAGACCCGGGGCAGCCCAGCACCACCAUGAUGGAGGAGGCAGAGAAGGAGGAGGAGGAGGAGAGCUUCGGGACCCUCUCUGACAGAUACUCCUCCCGAAAAUUGUUCCACAAAUCCUCAGCCCACUUCUAUAACUUGCGGCUCCGAGAACAGGGUGCUGAAGAUGAGGAGGAAAACGAGCCUCGAGCGUGGCGGGGCCCGCGGAACACCCCUCAUUGGUACUUCUUCCAGUGCAAGCAGCUGAUCAAGGAGGGGAAGCUGGCUGAGGCCCUGGACCUGUUUGAGGGGCAGAUGCUGAAGGAAGAGCGACUCCAGCCCCUCGAGUGCAACUACACGGUGCUGAUCGGUGGCUGCGGACGGGCCGGCUACCUAAGGAAGGCCUUCCGGCUCUACAACGAUAUGAAGAAGCGCGACCUGGAGCCAUCAGACGCCACAUACACAGCCCUGUUCAAUGUCUGCGCCGAGUCGCCCUGGAAGGACUCGGCUCUCCAGAGUGCCCUGAAGCUCCGGCAGCAGCUUCGUGCCCGCAACUUCCAGCUCAACCUGAAGACCUACCACGCACUGCUGAAGGUGGCCGCCCUGUGCGCGGACCUGCGGCUGUGUCUCGAGGUGUUCAAGGAGAUCAUCCACAAGGGCUAUGCGGUCACGGAGGAGACGUUCUGCUUCCUGCUUAUGGGCUGCAUACAGGACAAGGAGACAGGCUUCCGCAGAGCCCUGCAGGUGUGGAGGCAGAUGCUGAGUCUGGGGUUCAAACCAAGUCGGUACAGCUACAACCUGCUGCUUGCGGCAGCUCGGGACUGCGGCCUAGGGGACUGCACGGUUGCGGCGGCGCUGCUGCUGAGGCCCCAGCAGGAUAUGGGUUUGCCCCAGCUCCCAGCAGGGCCUCGUGGGGCAAGGAGAGCCCCAGCCAGGGCCGCUGAAGGCCUGGUCACCACAGUGCACGUGGAGGCUCUGGAGAAGCAGCUGUUUCUGGAACCUUCUCAGGUGCUUGGGGCAGCUCUGGAACUCCCUGCAAUUAGAGCCCCCAAUGAGUCCAGGCCCACUGUGGGAGCCCAGACGGUGCCCCAGUGCUCUGGGGCCCUGGAGCCAGCACCCCUGGGGCUGGAGACCAACCUCCUGCGUCUCCAGGCCAUGCCCCCCGCUGUGGUCUCCUUCGGCACAGUGACCACCCGGGAGGACAGGCUGGCCUUGAUGGGGGGCCUGGAGGGGUUCCUAGGCCACAUGGAGGAGCAUGGGCUGCAGCCCGACAUCAAGACCCUCACACUGCUGGCUGAGGUGGUGGCACCCGGGAGCCCCGCAGAGGCCUCGCUGCUGACCAUGCUGGACACACGUGCGCUGGAGGCCGAUCUCACCUUCUUCAACACACUGAUAAGGAGGAGGAGCAGGUUGGGCGACCUGGAAGGGGCCAAGGCGCUACUGCCAGCCUUGGCCAAGAGGGGCCUUGUCCCCGACCUGCGAACAUUCUGCAACCUGGCCACUGGGUGCCACCGGCCAGCAGAUGGGCUGCAACUGCUUGCGGACAUGAAGAAGUCCCAGCUGAGACCCAACACCCAUGUCUACAGCGCCCUCAUCAAUGCGGCUGUCAAGAAGCUGGACUAUGCCUACCUCAUCGACAUCCUCAAGGACAUGAGGCACAGCCGGGUCCCAGUGAACGAGGUGGUCAUCCGCCAGCUCGAGUUUGCUGCCCAGUACCCACCCACCUUCGACCGGUACAAGGGGAAAAACACCUACCUGGAGAAGAUUGAUGGCUUCCGAGCUUACUAUAAGCAGUGGCUGAAAGCGAUGCCGGCCGAGGAGACCCCCCACCCCUGGCAGAAGUUCCGGAGCAAGACCAGGGAGGCCCAAGAUGCCCCCACUGAGGCUGAUGUGAACACAGGCUGUGGGGGCAGGUGAGGGGCCCUGGGGCCCUUUUCACACGAAAGACACGGGGCUGGACCCAGUUUGGGGCAUGGCACUUACUUGGACACGUGGGAACCACCAGCCAUCUGGCACGUCAUCCCAGGCCGUCCUUGCCCAGAAGCUGGCCCCUUUGUGGUAAGCAGAAUUGCCAGGUUCAAGGCCUCCCACUGUCCCGCCUUGCUGGCCCAAGAAAGAAUGGACACGCCCAAAAGGUCUCAGGGUUUAUUUCUACAGGUGACACAGAACUGCCAAUGCCUCCCCAAGUUUGGCGGGGCCCUGCAGUAUGAAGUGCUGGGGGUGGCGGGGAAAUAGCAAGCCAGAUCCGAAGUUUGGGGAGGUAGGGGCUCAGCCCGAGCAGCCUCGGCAGCCGCAGUGCGUGCACUCGAUGAUCCGUCCCUGCGUGGACAACACAGUUGGCUGAACACCCUGCCUCAGGCCCAUCCACACCUCAGACCCAGCAGAGUCUUGUCACUCCACUCUGGGAUCCUGCUGGGGGCUCUGCUGGGAAGAGGGGCAAGCGCCUGACUGGCUACAGUAGCACUUGUCCCGUAGGUAUAGGUGCAGCCCCCUUGUAGAGACCAACCCAGAGCAGAAUAUACCAGAUUUCCCCAG